AUGCCAUCGACCUCUCGAAUUCAGCAACGCGCAGCGAUAGCCCAAUACUGGCACUCCACAGGCUUCACCGGUACAAUCGCCCGCGCAGCCCUCCGCACAACACAAUUCCUCAUCUCUGUCAUCCUACUCGGAAUCUAUGGAAAUGAUCUAUCUCACUUCCCCUCUUCCUUUGCCUCUACUACCAACGCCUCCAAGACCACUUCCUCCCAGGACGGGAUAGAUGUACCUACACGUACAAACUGGAUCUUCGCCCUCGUAGUCGCUCUCCUCUCAGCUCUCACGUGUGUUCUACACUGUUUUCUCACUGUAAAACGUCUAGGAUGGAUCUUCUGGGAUCUUGUGCUUUGCGUUCUCUACGCCGCUCUUGCUGGAGUUUUUGGCAUUGUUUAUCUCGGAUCUGUGGCCGAGAUGGAUCUUGCAGCAACACAGAGUUUAGAUGCCAUGAGAGCUGGUGUGGCAUUUGCGGUGUUGGGAAUGGCGUGUUGGUUGGUUAGUUUUGUGCAGGGGGUUAGUUGGUGUUGUGUCAGUAGACGGGUUACGAGGAGGGUUGAUGAGGGGGAGGGCGUGGAGAUUGGGAGGAUAAGGAAGGGGUCGGACAAUAUGGAUGGGGAGGAUGUGUAA